AUGUACAUGGAAUAUGACAAAUAUUCAAGUUUAAAAAAAUCUGAUAUUGCUCAACAAUUUGAAAAUCUACGCAGAAUGAUUGAUGAUCAUGAAAGAUCAGUCAAUGAAGACAUAUCGAAAGUUGACGAAAAAAAUAUGAAACAGAUGAAAGACUAUGAAUUAAAAGUUUUAAGCUAUCAGCGACAGUUACGAGAACGGCGGGCAUUGUUUCAUCAGACUGUAGAUACGGGUGACUAUGUACGAGUUCUGCAAGAUUACCAAGAUUAUCAACAGUAUUUUAAUGCUAUGGAUGAAGAAUGGUAUAAAAUAAAGCCUCCUAAAGUGAUUGAAUACAAUAUUCAGGGACUUGAUGAAUGUCGAACUAAUUUGCAACAAACGCUGAGAAACGUAUGUACGAAGGAAGAACCACAAUACGAGAAUCCGCAGCUUGAAGAGUUCAUUGCUAAACAAGAAAAUAAUUCAACAUUGAACUUAAACAAUCAAGGAUUGACCGAUUAUGAUAUGAUCAUUGUAGCUCAAACAAUUCGACUAAAAAAGAUAUUUACUACACUUCAUCUUGGCAACAAUCAAAUCAAGGCGGCUGGAGCAAAAUAUAUUGCAGAAUCGUUAGAAUUUAAUAGGACACUUACGACACUCGACCUUUGGAAUAAUCAAAUAGGCAGUGAAGGUGUACAGCAUUUUGCUGAGGUCCUGCAAAGAAACACGAUACUCAAUUGUUUGGGUUUGAAUGCCAAUCAAAUUGAUGACGUAGGUGCCACAUAUCUCGCUGACGCUUUAAAAAAGAAUACGGGAUUGACCGAUUUAUCAUUGGCUUCAAAUGAAAUCACUGAUAUUGGAGCACAAUCUCUCAAGGAUGCUUUAUGUAGCAAUAAAACAAUACAAAAGUUGCAACUAUUCCAAAACAAUCAAGUUUCGAGCAAAGUUCGAAAACAAUUGGAAAAACAAGAAAAACGAUUCAUUUGA